AUGCACUUGGGGUGGGCCUUCGUUCAGCUUCUCUUGCUUGCACCGGGGGCACUCGCAGAGGCCUCAGUGCCCUUGCUCCGUGGCUCUACACGCGGUCUUGCAGAGCUUCCAAGCUGUACGGAGAAGCCCAACUUCCAUUUGGCACGGGCUUCGUGGUGUGGAGAGCAGAAAGAGCCGGUGGCGUGCGCCAAGGACUCGGACAGUCCCAAUCCCAUCUGGGACUGUCAUCUUCAGGCCGAUGUGUCCAGCGAUUGGCAGAAUCAGAACUCCCAGGGUUCGGCCACACGCUUUGUCACUUGGAACCUCUACGUCUUCACACUGGCCGGUCGCAUCCAUCCUGUGGUGGAUGAGCUGCUGCGAAUGCAACCAGAGAUUGCGGCCAUCCCAGAGAUGUGGCACGAGAAGGGUGCUAUCCUGGAUCUACUCAACCAGAGGUCCGGCAACGUUUGGGCAUUUGCCACAGGAGGGGCCACAGAGCAGUUCAAUGAUGCAGACAUCUUGUUCAGGACUGACAAGUGGGAGCACAUUGCCAGCGACCUCGUUCCGUUCUCGGCCGGCCGCGCUAUCAACUGGGCAGCCCUGAGGCGAAAGUCCGAUGGCUACUCGCUCAUUGCAUCCGGCACGCAUCCUCUCUGCUGUCAGGGCGACUACGUCAUCACGGAGGCUGUGGAUUUUGUGACUAAGACCCUCAGUCAGGUGCAGAACCGACACCCAUACCCCAUCGUGCUUAUGGGGGAUUUGAACACCGGCUACUUUCAGCCUUCGCAGCAGCUUCUGAGACGAGGGCAGGUGGAGGCCUUCGGACGCCAUUGGCAAAUUCCAAUGACCUUUACAGAUGCCUGGGCAGAGCUUCAUCCCGGCAAUCCGGACCCUUCCACGAUCAACGACGACCCGGUGCGACUGGACUACGUCUACUUCCAGAAGACGCCGUUUUCCGUGGGCCAGUCCAUCGUACAGUCACAGAUCUGGCCGCGCGCCGCGGGCAGCGACCACCGCGCGGUCUCCGGGGAUGUGGUGCUCAACCGGUGA